AUGUCGAAUCCUUCCGCGCUCAGAAUCGACUAUAUUCACCGCCGGACAAAGGAGCAACUCCCGUCCCAAAAGAAGGACGCCCAGUAUCAGGUCUCUGAAAGGGAGCUAAACAAAGAGACCCUGCAACAACUCAAUGACGGCAAAGUGAUCGACGAGCUUCGGACGCCAGCAAAUAGUGCAGAAAGCUACUGUUUCGGGGACGAAGCUUCCCAGUGGAGAAUGACGAAACUUCGUGCGGUUUACACAGUGGCCGGGCAAAGUGAUCGGCCAGUUGACGAAGUGGCUAUCGAACGGUACGGCAGCUUACGGGAGUUCGAUGAGGCUCGAGAAGAAGAGAAAGAACUGGAGAGAAGGAGGCUUUAUGGAAAGGGAUACGUUGUCAAGGAGAAGCCGACCGGAGAUUUAUACCAAGAGAGGAUGGAACGGAGCCCGAAGCCUACGAUCAGAGACGAAAACGCCGGCAGAUCGCCGUCACCGCGUCGACCUGAUGAGGUGGAAGUCCAGCGUCCACCCGAAAUUGUGGACCAGACAACUCUCAACCGGCUGCGUGCGCAACUAAUGAAGGCGAAAUUGAAAAACUCACCAAAUGUUGAAAGACUUGAAACGGAGUUCAAUCAAGCUAUGGCGACAUCAUCUGCAGCUAAUAAGAAUGGGGUCGAGCAUGCCGUUGUUAUAGACCCGGCAUACAACCGUAUGCUAGCCAGUACACGGAACGAAGUCAAGGCGGUAGAAACGAGGAGGGGAAGAGAACGAGGCCAGGUUGUGGCAAACGACGACAUGAGCAUCGACGACAUGAUGCGUGAGGAGCGCCGCACGCGUGGAGCGGCAGGUGGGGAAGGCCUCAGGCUUGCUGAGCGCAUUACGAAGGACGCCAAGUUUAAAAAUGACCUCGAAUAUAUGGACGAUAAUGCUGAAAAGCUUGCCAGUCGGACACACAAAUCGGAGGCAACCUUGAAAAACAUUGCCGUGAAUGAUUUCACAAAAAUGAACAAAAUUUUGGACUCGUGUCCAUUGUGCCACCACGAAGACCGCCGCCCACCACAAAACCUUCCCACUGCACCGAUUGUUUCUCUCGCUACACGUGUCUUCCUUACAUUACCAACGGAACCAGAGCUGACUGGCGCGGACGGUGGAGCUGUGAUUGUGCCAGUCGAACAUCAUACCAACCUCCUGGACUGUGACAACGACGAGUGGGAGGAGAUUCGCAACUUCAUGAAGUCUUUGACGCGGCUCUACCACGACCAGGGCCGUGAUAUUGUAUUCUACGAAAAUGCAGCCAGUCCUCACCGCCGAAUGCAUGCAGCUUUGAUUGCAGUGCCUAUCCCAUACGACCUGGGUGCCACAGCGCCAGCAUUCUUCAAGGAUGCCAUGCUUUCUGCCGACGAAGAGUGGAGCCAGCACAAGAAGCUCAUUGACACAGGGAAGCGAGCUCGCGAGGGCUUAGGAAAGCAAGCCUUCAGAAAGAGCAUUGCAAAGGAGAUGCCGUAUUUCCAUGUUUGGUUCACUGUUGACGGGGGCCUCGGGCAUAUCGUGGAGGAUGCAGGGCGUUGGCCCAAGGGCGACCUUUUUGCCAGAGAGAUAAUAGGAGGCAUGCUAGAUGUCGAUGCGAGCAUCAUCAGGCGGCAAGGCCGUUGGACUAGAGAUGAUGCGCGGUUGGGAGAUUUCCAGAAGCGAUGGAGAAAAUUUGACUGGACGAGGAUUUUGACUGAGGAACAGCAGAUAUAA